CCGCCUCUGACGGGGUUGUGCGUCGCUCUUGAACAAUAGUGGCAGGUGAUAUAAAGCACGCAUCGCCAACCGUCGCGGUUCUGUUCAGGAAAGGCGGUUGGGUGCGAAUAUCGUGGGUUGUCUGCCAACUUGGGUCUGCCGCCGACCGUAUCUAUCGUCAUCAGGAGAUCGCUGGUACACUAGUGGAUUCACAAGUGGAUUCGAAUCUUUUUCGUACACGCAGCCAUGCCUGUCGACCAGGAUGCAUCUGGAGUCGGCCUCCUUUUAGCAGCUAGGAGUGGCGAUAUCGAAAUUUUACGCUCUCUGGUACGGCAAGGUGCAGAGUUGGAGCAGCGAGACAUACUAGGGGACAGCGGGCUCCUGAAGGCUGCUCGGUACGGCCAUGCUCAGGUGGUGGAAUUGCUGCUCAUGGCCGGCGCCGACGUCAAUGCCUACGACAACAACGGAUGGACCGCUUUGCACACGUCGAUCGCGAACGGCCGCGAGGACGUGGCCUUCGCGCUCCUUUCCGGCCAUCACCAGCCAGCAUUGAUCAAUAUGGAGGCGACUACCUCGAACGGGGACACGCCUCUCCAUAUGGCGGCCUUUCACGGGAGGGAGUGGGCCGUAGAAAUACUCCUGCGUCUUGGGGCAAGUCGUGGGGCCAUCAACAAUAGAGGAGAGCGCCCGGUUCAGGUAGCAAGGCACAACACCGUGCGUGCGAUGCUCGGACCUUCGACGGGAUCACCCAACCACGACGAAGAACUUGCGGCCGGAUUCGCUUCCAGCUUUGAAGAGGGUGAGGGCGACGUGCCGCGAAACAUUCCUACCAACGCCAGCUUCGGCCAUGGCACCAUCAGUGGCGGAAAUAGGCGGGAGAAUGCAGAGACCGGCGCAGGGGUUGUCGGGGGGGGUGGACGACGUUCUUUCUACGAGACACCAUCGUCUAAAGCAAAGAGUCGGCAAGUACACGGAGUGCCGAGCCAAUUGGAAAACUCCACGUUGCCCCUGGUGGAGCAGGAGUCUGGAAAAAUAGGAGACAACAAACAUUUCGACCGGUUGCCCAACGGCAGCCUUGUCAGCAGCCACGUUUCGACGGAGACAGAAGAGGGGUUUGCUUCCUUGCAGAAACGAGGAAGCGAUUCCUCGUUCGAAGAAGCCUCAUCGGAAGUAAGCCUGCAUGUACGAGUUCGAUUCAGCCAGAAGCACUUCGCCUGCUACGCCUGGACUCCUCAAUGUCGUGACCAGAGGUUGGCGACUUUCGAGGUCGGCCUGAGAGCUGUGCUGUGCCUGAUGUUGUGCCGCCGAACCUACUGA